GGAGGAGGAGGACUCCUUCUUCUUCUUCCGAUACAAGCGGCGGCGGCGGCGGCGCGAGGCGGCUGGAUAUUUAUUAAAGAAUAAAUAAAUAAAUAGAGAAAAUAAAUCAGAAAUUACGGCACCGACCCCGUUCCCCCCCUCCGCCCUCCUCCCCCCCCCCCCCCCCCCCGGCGCGGAGCGGCAGAGGAAGGAGCAGAAAACGCGGAUGUGUCUCCGAAAGCGCAGCGGAUUCCGCCCUCCGGACCUGAUUCAUGCCGAGAUUCAGAGGUCCGAGGCAGAAGGGGGGAUGACAUGCAUGCGUCCGGCCUGCUAACACCGCUGACGACUCGUGCGCUAACCGACUGCCCGGCCCGGCCUCAUGGCGGAUGUUCUGUACACCGGUCCGAUCCCAGCCGGCGAGCCGACCAUGGGGGGGGGUCGCAGCGAGACCUCGGCGCUGAGCGGGACGGGAGGAGGGGGGCGGGGCCUGACCUCCACCCAGAACUCCCAGCGGCCCAACGCCUGCUGCUUCUGCUGGUGCUGCUGCUGCAGCUGCUCGUGUCUCACCAUCAGGAAUGAAGAGGAGCGACGGAAACGGCGGAGGAGGAAGAGGAUCUCGCAGGACACCAAGAUGGAAACCAUACCAAACUGUGAAGCUUGCACCAAACCCUCGGCGGACGAGAUGCGGCUGUGGUCCCAGUCCUUCGACAAGCUGAUGAGGAACCCGGCGGGGCGCAACGUGUUCCGCGAGUUCCUGCGGACGGAGUACAGCGAGGAGAACAUGCUGUUCUGGCUGGCCUGCGAGGACCUCAAGCAGGAGAUCAACAAGGGCGCCAUCGAGGAGAAGGCGCGCUCCAUCUACGAGGACUACAUCUCCAUCCUGUCGCCCAAGGAGGUCAGCCUGGACGCUCGGGUCCGAGAGGUCAUCAACAAGAAGAUGCAGGACCCGACGCCGCACACCUUCGAAGACGCCCAGCUGCAGAUCUACACGCUGAUGCACAGGGACUCGUACCCCCGCUUCCUGUCCUCCAGCAUCUACAAGGCGCUGGUCCACGGCGGCUCCCGCACCUCCUCGGAGUCCUAGUCCCGCCCAGUCCCUCAAGCCCCGCCCAUUCUCACCAAGCCCCGCCCAGUCCUGACCCCUCUUCCUCCUGACCAGGAUUCUUGCCACAGUUUUUCAUUCCGGUCCAGAACUUUCCAAAAGCAGUGAGUCCGUCUUGUUUUCUCCUUUUCCCUAAAAUCCCAGAAUUCUUCAAUUACUGCCAAGACGUCCUGCCGUUUCCUCCUCUUUCUCUUUUUUAAGCCGAGUCCUUCUCUUCUUCCACCAUGCUUUCUUCAAACCUUCCUCUUCGCUGAGUUUUAGAUUCGAAAUCCAGUAAAUUGAACGAUUCGAUCACAGGUUAUUUCAAAUCAGCCAAAGAUUCAAGGUAAAACAGUAAUGUAGACAUUUUUCAUAACUGCUUUUAAAAAAGCGCAUUAAAAAGGUUUUUUUUUUUGUAUCCUGAAUGGGAGAAGUUUCGCUGUUACAACCGAGGCCCCGUUUCCACGGCAACGUUUACAAGUGAAAAAAACUUUCGUUGCUUUUCAGGAGCUUGGAGACACUGGAAAUGCACCUUCUCAAAAACAGCUCCCAAACGUUGGAACUUUUCGAAAAGUCUCCAGUUCCGUCGCUGCAGUAACGGGGAGGAAGAUGCAGCUUUGCCAAAAAAACGCUCCGACUCCGUCUCUGUGGCGACGGGUUAAAGCGCAGCUUUUCGAAAGCGCCCCGUCUCUCGCAGCUCUUCAUAAAUGCUGCGUCUCUGCGGAAGCGAAGCGGGAGUUUUCAGAACGCCGCUGCUGUUCUGCACGCGCUCAGCAGAGGAACCACAAUCACUCCUGUGGAAACAAAGAUCGCUUUUUAAAACAUGGAAACGCAAAAACGACGUGUUUCUACUUGAAGCGUUGUCGUGUAAACGGGGCUUACUGAAGGUUUUGAAAGUCCAUUUUCGAUGUAGGAAUUCUCCGUUAAUUGACAUUUGACGAUUUCAUUGAGAAAACUUCUAGAUAGGUUUCCUCUGUUUCCGCCUUCUGGUGGCUCCGCCUCUUCACUCCUCCGCCUUCUGGUGGCUCCGCCUCUUCACUCCUCCGCCUUCUGGUGGCUCCGCCUCUUCACUCCUCCGCCUUCUGGUGGCUCCGCCUCUUCACUCCUCGAACCUCUUCUUCCUGCUUUGACUCCGGAGUUUUCUGGACAUUGAAGUAUUUUUUAAAUCACCUGCUGUUCUGCGGACACGUCGACGCCCCCUUUGGGCUUCGGUCCGCCCAUCCAUGGAUUCGGAUCUGUUACCAUGACGACGGAUCCAUAUUGGUCAUUUUCAGCUGGAAGCCACGCCUCCUGGCUCCGCCCUCCGUCUCCAACCGGUUCCCUCAUUUCACUCAGAGACGGAGGGGCGGAGGGGCGGAGGGGCGGAGGCCGCUUCCUCCCAACUACUGAUUUACAAACAGACUGAGUCUAUUUUUUAACAGAAAACUCUUUACGGAACAUUUCAAUAUUUCAGUGACUUGGUUUUUUUAAUCCACUGCGCCUCUCCGGGAUUCAACUUUUUUUUUUUGUUUCCACUGAGACUGUACUGAUCUCCACCCGACACUCAACACAUUGCAAUAAAACACACUGGAGUUAGACACACACACACACACACACACACACACACACACACACACCGCUCAUGUUGCUAUACUUUCGGACAAUAAUAACUUUUCUUUUUACCAAUUCUUGGAGAAUUUUCAACACAUCCCAGGCUAAAAUAGUUCAAAUUUUAAGACAAAAACAUGAUUGAAUUCAUUCAGAAUGAGUCGGAAAUAAUGAAAUUAAAGCGGUUCGUUUAUAUUAUUCCUGUUUUUCAGUUUUAAAUGGAAAAAAGGGCCCAUGCAAAAUUUUAGAAGCAUGAAAUUUAAGCAGUCAAGUUUAUUCUAAAUUUUUAAAAUGUUGUUUUACAAAAUGUUAAAUAAUGAUGCAUCGAGUACGGUUCUAACCUUUAGUUCGCUGUCCACCAUGAGUAUUAUUGUUUUUAUUAAAAUAAAAAAAACAUUAAAUACUAAUUCAAAUUUUAAAUGAAAAAAAAUUGAAUUUUUCAAUAAAAAAAAAUUGUCUUAUAUUUAAAAAAAGACAACAUUUUCUGUAUUAAAUUUGAGGCAAAUUACAUCUCAGCUGCUCAAAUUGAAUUUAAUCAAACAAGAUGACUCAAUUUUAAGUUUGUUUUCUUCCAGUUUUAACAGUUUAACUGAGCAGAAAAUCGUUUCCUGUGUUUGAAUUUCCGUCACAGAGGAUGAAUUUUAUAUUCACCUGUUAAGUCAAAUGGGUCCAAAAGUAUAGUAAUGUAACGCUGUACACACACACACACACACACACACACACACACACACACACACACACACACACACACACACACACCAGGGUGGCCUACCUGGGCACUGCUGCUGCUGACCUCUGCCUCUGUGACCUCUCAGCUUUGACCUCUCCACUGUCCGUCGCCCACAUGGACGAGCACUCCUGAUUGGCUGCAGGAGACCGCAGGGUCAAUCUGUGAUUGGUCGAUUCAGGAAGGGGGGGGGAGGGGGGGUGAGAGGAAAUUCCAGGUGCAAAAAAUAUAUAUAUACAUAUAUAAAUUAUAGAUAUAUGAAUGAAAAACAAAUAAAAUCUAUAAAGAGAAGAGGAGAGAAGAUUAUGUGAGAUGGGACGCUUACACCCAGUGCAUCAUGGGAAAUGUAGUUUGAAGUCUGUGGAUAUAGAGACCAUAAAUUUAAGAAGAAAAAAAAGAGAGAGCUGCCCGUCUCUGUCAGACCGGCCACUCAGAAUGCAUUUAUCUUAGUAUUGUUAAUGUUAUUUAUUUUAUAUUUUGUUAAAACUGUGAUUUUAAUUGUACAUAUAUAAAGAGAAACCUUGAACAUCCGCUGAGAAGCA